GCGUGUGUUUUGGUCUGAUUGGCUACUGGAGCUGCAUAAGAUAACCACUUCUAUCGGCAGAAAAAAGUUAUCUCGCUAUUUGAUUACAAAACUCUUAUCAGGUGUCCGCGCCACUAUCGCCAAUGUUGCUGCUAGGUCAGCAAUGAGUAUCGACAGUGCGCCAGGUGCGAGUGAUGGUACAAAGCAAUGGUCCUUUCUGUGAAGAUUUUCGCCCGAAGAACGUUCUCGUUUGCCCUCGCAUUGCUGGUGCUGCUCGGUGCGCUGGUGGCACUUGUCAGUAGUGGAGCAAACAAUCUUCACGUGUACGAUGGCGUUCGCACGCAGGACAUUAUAGCCGGUGACGUGUUCUUCGAGAUUGUUGAUCCGCCCGAGCUGGAGUACACGUACCGCAUUAGGCCAGCGAAGGACUUUGGGGGUUCGUUCGAGUCGGCGUCGAUGAAAAUACGCGACGGGAAGCUAGUUCCGGCGGUUCCGUCGGAUGCCUGCGAGCCGGAGUUUUUGAACGAGAAAGACCUCAAGGGGAACAUUGCGCUGGUGGAGCGGGGCGAAUGCUCCUUCCUGACGAAGGCCAUCAACGUGGAGCGGGCCGGCGGCCGGGCCGUCAUCAUCACCGAGAUCGACACCCACUCGGACGACUAUGACUUUUACAUCGAGAUGAUCCACGACAAAACGGACCGCGAAACGACGAUUCCGGCCGCGUUCCUGCUCGGCAAGAACGGCCUCGUGAUCCGGAAGACCCUAACGCGGAUGAACCGGCGGUACGCCCUGAUCAACCUGCCGGUGAAUCUGACCUACGUGGCGCCCCACCACAUCAACCAGCCGCCGUGGCUGCAGUGGUGAAGAAGAGACUUGAGUGGUGACACGCGCACGCCGAGAUAUUAAGCGACGAACCCAGAGUGUGAUAUUUGCUAGACUCUAGCGAUCCCCCCGUAACAGAAGCAUUACCAGUGGUAUUGAGAAAUAUGAAAGAGAGAGACUAACUUUCUAGUCCCCGUUACAGACUGUCAAGUGUGUGUGUGAAAAGUGUGUCGAAGAUUCUGCAAUAAACUUGUUCUAAGCGCUCAUUGCUCACUUGCAAA